UGCGUUUUAUUUUUAUCCUUCUUUGUUGUUGGAUGCCGCCACCCUCGCCUGCCGUGCCGGUCUGGUCUGCUAAAGUCAGGGCAGAUUCCGUCUUUCUUUGUCUGUCGCCUUCGAAUCUGCUUCUCCCGCCUUUCGAACGGCCGUAGUCAAGCAGUUAGGGUUUGUGAGACGGAAUUUGGACGACCGGAUAUCUCUCGCGGCGGACAGGAGAGUUGAUCAGCAGCACCCUCUCCUCUUGCUUCCCUGCAGUCCCAUCGGCCCCUAGGCUAUAGCGCAAGGAUCCCGCCAUGAAGACCUCGCGUGCCCUCGCCUCGCUACUGGCGAGCUCGAUGCUGUCACCGGCAUUGGCCGCCGUCUCGCCGUCGGCGCUCUUUGGCGGCGGACGUCGACCGGUGACGGUGACGGAAACCAGCAUCCGGACGGUCACCGUGUCGGAGACCUGCCAGGCCCCGACGACCGUGCUGCCGCCCAGCCAGCCGGCGGAAACGAGUGUCGUCGUGCCCCCCAGCACGCCGCAGGAGCCAAUGCCGCCCACGACGGCCAGCAAUCCGGGAUAUUCCACCGUGCCAGAUGUCCCCAGUGCGCCGCCGAGGACGACGACGGCCGACAAUGGCUAUUCCACUCCUCCCGAGCCUCCCAGCACGCCGAGUACGACCGCUGUUGAGGUUCCGCCGGCCGUCACGACCAGCGCUGUAGUGCCGGGGGAGCCCGAGGACUGCGACUGCACGACGAUCACCACGCCCUAUACCACGCGCACCUACACGACCCUUCUCCCGGGGUCGACAUCUGAGUCGACGGUGCCCGAGACAACUAGUCAGCCACCGCCGACCACGAGUCGCGUCACCCAGCCGCCCAGCUCGACCAUCACCACGCCUCCGACCACGACCAGCACCAUCGACUGCUACUGCGAUGGCUGUGGUGGCUGCGGCGAAGAUACGGUGACGAUGACGGUGACCACGACCUUCACGUCGGUCACCACGUCGGUAGUCACGUCGACGGGCUAUGUCACUUCGUUCGUUACGAGAACGGUGUCGCAGACGGUGACCUCGGCGGAGACGGUCUUGGUCCCCACCACCACGACGCUGACCUCCACUAUCACGAAUACGAUCACCUCCUCGUAUAUCUCUACGCAGACCGUCACCACCACCAAGGGCUACACCGAGACCAACACCGUCUCAAACACGGUGACCCAGCCUGGAGAGACGAUCACUCAGCCCGGUGAGACGGUCACCAGGACCCGAUCCUCCAAUGGCACCGUGACGGUCACGGACCGAGAGACAGUGACGGACACGGACACUGUCACCGAGACCGAGACAGUCCCCGGCGAGACAGUGACGGUCAGUCGAGGCAAGCCCGGGCGGACGGUGACGGUGACAGUCACCGUUGGGGAUGAAGGCGAGACCAUCACCGAGACAGUCACUCGCACACAGACCCAGGACACCACCCAGACGGUCACUCUGCCGGAGCGAACGAUUACCCUGCCGGGAGAGACGAUUACCGGGCCCGGAGGAACCGUUACUCUUCCUGGGGAAACGAUUACCCUGCCUGGGGAAACAGUGACUCGGCCAGGAGAGACAGUCACUCAACCGGGAGAGACUGUGACACAACCGGGGGAGACUAUCACUCAGCCCGGGCGAACCAUUACCCUGCCAGGUGAGACAGUUACUGGCCCUGGAGGAACAGUCACGCUGCCCGGGGAAACCAUCACUCUGCCGGGAGAGACCAUCACCAAGCCAGGAGAAACCAUUACGCAGCCCGGAGAGACCGUAACUGGGCCUGGUCAGACAAUUACCAGACCAGGAGAGACAGUCACCUCCGUUUCUACAUUGCCUGGAAGUACGGUGACUCUGCCUGCGUCCACCGUGACCACCACCGUCGUCGUGCCUCCGACCACCAUCACCGAGUCUGGGUCUGUAACGACGCUGCCCGGAUCAACGGUGACCUCGACCUUCACACAGCCUGGACGUGUGGUUACUCUGCCGCCGUCUGUGAUUACUCUGCCCGGAUCUACUGUCGUCAACACCAACACCGUCCCCGGCCCAACUUCGGUAGACACCGUUUCAGUGACGGUGAUUAUCAGCACAACCAUUUUUGAUACAGUCACUUUGCCUGGAUCCAGCACGACUGUCACCGUCACCGACAUUCCCGCCACCGGCACGGUGACUGCCACUGGCACCACCACCUUGUCCAUCUGUCCCAGCCUCACCAUCAACCCGACUUACACCCCUGCCGCACCGCUACCGCGCGACUACACCUGGGGUUGUCCGCCGGGCUACCUCUGCAAGCCCAAGCAUGUCGGCGCCGAUGCGGGAUGCAACCUGGAGGCCGGACUGCCGGCUGAUACUUACGUGUGCAGUCCGGAUCAGUGUAUCGAAAGCCCGCCGUUCAUUCACAAGCAGUUCUGGGGCGAACCGGGCGAGUCCGACGAGGUGGCGCCGACGUACAACGUCUCGAAGGGCUACUUCAACCUGAACCCUCACCUCUUCCGCCUGGACUACUCCAUCUUCAAGUCCCCGGAGAAUGCCUCGGCCCUGGAGCACUACUACAAGCGCUCUUUCGGAUCGCGAUUUCACGCUAAGCUGCUGUCGCGACAGUCGAUCAGCGACGUGCCUCCGCAGUGCUUCGACGAGUGUAAUGACGCCGCGCUGGAGGUGGAGUCGACAGGCAAAUCGGAGAAGCUGUGCCAGUCCAACUCGGUGUUCCAGCGUUCGUUGGGCAGCUGCAGGAAGUGCAGCAAUCGCCAAGACGACGACGGGUUCGAACAGGUCGUUUUGCCCAACUUCCAGCAGUUCCUGAACUACUGCGAGGAUCAGUCCUCCGGCACGUCCACCGCGGCCGGCAUCACAGAAAGCGCAACCAAAACUGCCUCCGAAUCCACCACGUCGGCCCCGGAAACGACGACAGACUCUGGUUCGCGAUCGACCGCCUCGUCGGCGUCCCGGUCUGCAUCGGCCACCGUGACUCGGGAGACGACCACGCGAGCGUCGCAGACGACGACGCAGGGAUCCCAGACGACUGGCACCGACAGCACCCGCAGCGGCGCCAGGACGACCACCCACGACUCUGACCAAACCGAAUCCCAGACCACCGCUACGGCCACCGGCGCGACACCCUCGUCGUCCAGAACGCUGCCCACCGACAGCACGUUCUCCGCGACAGACUCGACCAGGGUGACGGCUCCCAGCACCGGAACCACCGGCGGCAGUAGCGGUACGACCCGAACCGCCAGCUCCGCCUUCACCUUCACGAAUAGCGCCGCCACCGGGUCGCAGGCGUCGACGGUGACCGGGGGCAGCCAGACGAUCAGCGCGACGCGUGGCGAUGGCACGACAGAUGCCCCCGGAAGCACCGCCGGAGGUCCGUCCUCAGGAACGGAUGCCACGGACGCGACCGAAUCUGCCGGAGCAACGUCGACCGACAGCGAGGAGGCACCUCUUGCCACCGGCGCUGCGAUAUCCCUGAGGGUGUCGUCACCCUGGAGUGCAUUGGCUCCGAUGGCUGCAUUGUUUGUCCUGCUGGUCUAGAGCGCGGGAUGCUUGGGUUGCAUUUCGGAUAUUUCCUAGUUCUGCUGGCUUUUGCAUUGAAAGGUUGUAUUGUUAAUCAUACGACGUCCCCUCCUUUAAUGUUUAUAUCGACGGGGAGGAAACGAGUUACGAGUGAUGCGUAGCGUAUCUACGAGUCUAAUUUUAUAUAAUGUCAGUUCCCUCGGCCUACUGUGAUAGAAUACUAUAGAAUUG